AAAACGAUAUAAUAAUAACGUUUUCAUAAAUCUUUUUAGAAAGUGAAAGAAAAAAAAUCUUCUUCCUAUAAACGUCUCUUCUCUCUUUCAUUACUGCAAGAAACUUAUUAACAACUCUCCUUCUCUAUCUCUCUUCUCGUUUUAAUGGCCUCCCAAAAUUCCCAAGGGAUUAAACUCUUCGGCAAAACCAUAACAUUCAACGCUAAUAAUCUCACACAUACGAUUAAAAAAGAAGAGCAGCAACAACAGCCAGAGAUACAAACAAAAUCAGCCGUUGGAUCACCAUCAUCAGAUCUAACGGCCGAGAAGCGUCCAGACAAGAUCAUAGCAUGUCCGAGAUGCAAGAGCAUGGAGACAAAGUUCUGUUACUUCAAUAACUACAACGUUAAUCAACCAAGACACUUCUGCAAAGGUUGUCAGCGUUACUGGACCGCCGGUGGAGCUCUCAGGAAUGUUCCCGUCGGCGCCGGUCGUCGGAAAGCCAAGCCUCCGGGUCGUGUCGGUGGGUUCGAAGAGUUGCUUGGUGCUGCGACUGCAACCGUUGAUCAGGUCGAGCUUGACGCUUUGCUAGUGGAAGAGUGGCGAGCAGCGGCUUCUCACGGUGGUUUCCGGCAUGAUUUUCCGGCGAAGAGACUACGUUGCUAUACCGAUGGUCAAUCUUGUUAAUUUUCUUUUCGUAUCAUUGGUUCUUGUUUCAGGUUUGGGUUUGGGUUUGGGUUUUGGAUAUAACCCGGUAGAAAGAACGUGGUUAUGUUUGCUUUUGAUUUGCUUACUGGAUACGUACAGGCUAGCAACAAAAAUUAACUAGUUAAUUAAUUAAUUAGGAGGUUUAAGUACUUGCUUCUCUACUUAACAGCUGUCGCUUUUCUUUUUUAAUUUUUCUUGUUGAAAACUUUAGUUGUAAAUUCAAGCUCGUGGGAUUUUUCUGCUAUAAAAGAAAGACGGUGUUGU